AUGGCAACCGACCCUCCAGGCGUCCCCCGGGUUCCGAUCGGAUCUGAAGCUCGGUGCGUAGAAUUACCAUACCGUAAAAACAUGGGCCAACGACACGCUAGACCAAGUCCGGUUACCCGCAACGGCGAUAUACCACGUGACCGCCACGCGCAUCCGAGAACCCCGCGCGCAUCCCAUGAUUCAUCGACCAGCAAGCCCGAUGCUUUGAUUGGUACUCCUUUAUGGCAAAGCUCUAGAAUCUUGCACAUCCUGGUCAAUCAGUGCCUAUCAAGACAGCUGUAUUCCCUGACUAUCUCAUUCCCAACUGUUCUGGGCGCUGUUGAGAUCCCAACAGCUUCUUUGCCGGUGAAGCUGGAUAAUUGCUGCGACAUUUUAUCUGGCAAGCUGCGGUAG